UUCUCGGUCUGCUACCUCCUACCGGCGAGGACAAGAGACGGCAGUUUGGCAAUAAGGGUCAAGGAAGGAGAGGAAUUCUUUAGAUCCAUAGUUCCAUUAUGGCUGCUGCAACAGCCUCCGCUGCUCCAUCGAACUGGCCCGCUCGGCGUAACGGUAAGGGACCCAUUGCCGAGGACGAUAACCUAGUGUUCGAAACUAGUCAUGGCGUUGAGGCUAUCACAUCGUUCGAUCAGAUGGGUAUCAAAGACGAUCUUCUCCGAGGGAUUUAUCAAUACGGGUUCGAGAAGCCGUCGGCGAUACAACAGAGAGCGGUUUUGCCUAUCAUCAAAGGUCGUGAUGUGAUUGCUCAGGCACAAUCUGGUACUGGCAAGACCUCUAUGAUUGCCCUCACUGUCUGCCAGAUGGUCGAUACGGCAACCAGAGAGGUCCAAGCUUUGAUCUUGUCACCAACUAGAGAACUUGCUGCACAGACUGAGAAAGUAAUAUUAGCGGUUGGUGAUUUCAUAAAUAUACAAGCCCAUGCUUGUAUUGGAGGCAAAAGUGUAGGUGAAGAUAUAAGGAAGCUCGAGUAUGGAGUCCAUGUAGUGUCUGGAACGCCAGGCAGAGUCUGUGACAUGAUCAAGAGAAGAACGCUACGUACAAGGGCCAUCAAAUUAUUAGUCCUUGAUGAAUCUGAUGAGAUGUUGAGCAGAGGGUUUAAAGAUCAAAUUUAUGAUGUUUACAGAUAUCUUCCACCAGAGCUUCAGGUUGUAUUGAUUUCUGCGACACUUCCUCAUGAGAUACUGGAAAUCACGAGCAAAUUUAUGACAGAUCCUGUUAGGAUCCUUGUGAAGCGUGAUGAGUUGACUUUAGAGGGCAUCAAACAAUUCUUCGUUGCUGUUGAACGAGAAGAGUGGAAGUUUGAUACUUUAUGUGAUCUUUAUGAUACUCUUACCAUCACCCAGGCUGUUAUUUUCUGCAACACAAAGCGUAAGGUGGAUUGGCUGACAGAGAAGAUGCGCAGCAAUAACUUCACAGUCUCCUCAAUGCAUGGAGACAUGCCUCAAAAGGAGCGGGAUGCUAUAAUGGCAGAGUUCAGGUCAGGAACAACCCGUGUGCUGAUCACUACAGAUGUUUGGGCUCGGGGGCUUGAUGUUCAACAGGUGUCUUUGGUGAUUAAUUAUGACUUGCCCAACAACCGUGAGCUCUACAUUCACAGGAUAGGUCGAUCUGGCCGUUUUGGACGGAAGGGUGUUGCAAUAAACUUUGUCCGCAACGAUGACAUAAGGAUUCUCAGGGAUAUAGAACAGUAUUACAGCACACAGAUUGAUGAGAUGCCAAUGAAUGUAGCUGAUCUAAUUUAAGAGUGAUGGAAUGAAGCAAAUGGUUCAGUGAGGAAGAUGUAUUGGUUUACUCCUUGAUUUGGUGUUGUCUACCUCUGCAGGAUUGGUUGUAUUUUGAAAGUUUGCUGAUUUUCUGUUCUGAAAAGGAAAAGCUGACAGGAAGUGGGUUUUGCAUUCUGAAGAUUUUGGGUAAGAUAGUUUCUAUUAACAACGGCUUUCAGGAUUGUAUUUACUGCAGCCUUUUAAACAUGCUUAAUUUUCACUUUUUAGGCAUCAAACCUAGGGCAUGGUAGUUAGGACUAUGGUGGUUCCCUUUGUAUUUAUUUUUGGAGUCUGCUCUUGGUUCUGAUGCCACAAAAAACUAAAGUUGUAUAUUAGACUAAAAUCUCCAGUUUCGCAAUUGUUUCCGAAUAUUUGCAUGA